AUGGAUAAUACUGAUUCUAUUUUAGGAAAGAGAUCAAAUCAAGAGACAACAACAUCAGUAAAGAAGAAACAAAAAGAUGAACAACUUAUCAUUGUAGAAGAAGCUAUAGAAUUAAAUGAUCUCAAUUCAUUGAUAAACUUCAAUAGAAUCUAUAAUCUCUAUUAUCAAUGUUUGGAGAGUAGAAAUGAUAUUUUUAGAUCACAAUGUGUAAAGUUCUUUGUUGACUAUCAUCGAUUUAAAUAUAUUCAUUAUUUCGAUGUUCAAGGUUAUAUCAAGUUCAUUGUCGAUGUCUUCUUUGAUCCCGAGUUCGAUGUAUUCAACAACAUGUCAUCAUUUAUAUGUCGAGCUCAUAUACCAACGAUACAACAUAUUCACAAUAGAAUAAUCAAUGAUAAAAGAAAAAGAAUAGAAAUCUAUCACGAAUGUUGUUAUUUUAACAAAAUCGAUAGUUUGGAAUACGACUUUAAUGGUUUCUACAACAAAUUAUUAGCAAAGAACAAUCAAGUUAUCCAUGAGAUUACAGUUAAAGAGCAAAUACAUCAUUGUAAAAUUCAAACAGGGAAUAAUAUAAAUAUUAAUAGUGGUUCAAAUUUAGUCAACAAUGAAUCUAGAUGUAUUUUGCCAGAUAUAUUACUUGAUAGAAUCAUCUCAUUUUCAUUAGUAGAUCUAACAACAUUCAACAUAAAACAAAAUGAUGUAGAGAUUGUAUUGAAUAUUGCUUGUGUUUCCAAACAGUUCUUCAAAAUGGUAUCAAAGUACAUUCCAAAUGGUUAUUAUUUACGUGGUCCAAUCAAUCUCCAUAGUGAACAUUGCGCUAUAAAUUCGCUUUUGGAUUUCGAUUAUGAUUCGAUCAAAUACAUCAAAUAUGGUGAGGGUACCGAUCGUAUCAAUCAAUUAUUCGAAAGAGUCAAAGAGUUUACUAUCAAAUCCGACGAAAAUGAUCAUUUCUUUAACGUUUAUAGUGAUGACUAUAAACGAUGGUAUAUGAUUCGACAGUCAUUCAGCGAUAAAGAAGGAGAUACUUAUUUCUAUCAUGCAAUUGAACGCAAAGAUUACUUGGUUCACCUUCCAGCAAUGCCGAAUCUAAAGAGAAUCACUGUUACUGAAUACUAUGGAUAUAAAUCGAACUACAGUUCAUUUCUAACAUCAUUGAUUACAAGUACACCGAAUGGCGAUGGUCAUGGUAUUGAAUCAUUUAGAAUCGAUAUCAAAAAAGAUGAAUGUGAUUAUCCAGAAUUCUCAAACUUGUUCUUCUUGGCACCACUGUUACGAUUACACUCAAACACAUUGAAAUCAAUUGUAAUCAGGUAUAUCGAAAGUUGCCAUGAUGAUGACAUGGAGUUAUUACUUCAGAUAUUGACAGAUUUUAUUCCAAAAUUGGAACAACAUAGUUUCUCAUUUAUCUUGUAUGCCGACUAUGGUAAGUUAGAAAGAGCUUGUCAAGAUGGUCUUGAUAGAAAAAUAUCGUCAGUUCUUAGGAGAGCUGUAAGAUUGAGAUGUUUGUGGUUCCUUCAUCAACAACAACAAUCAUAA